UCUCAGACCACGAACUUGUCUUGUGUACAAACACUGGCUAGAAGCUGCCUUGGUCAUCGGCGCCCUUCAUACCAACAACAAGAAGCAGAAGCUCCAUUACUUGAGAAUAUUCCUACAAACAGGAAGGACUGCAGUUAGGACUCUUUAGAUUGUUAUAAUUGAUGAUGGCAUUACCUGUAAGUGUCCCCCAUGUUGGGGAAACUAUUGAGUCAGCUCUGAAGAAUCAGAUAGUUCCUGAUCAAGAGUUUCUACUCCAGGGUUCAGUGUUGGACACAUCACUCAUUGUUGUCAUCGACCGUCUUCGUGGGCUGUGUGACAAUGCAGACAUACCUCCAGAAACCUUUCAUGAUCAUGAAGUGGUUUACAUUCUUAAGGAUUUUAAUGCUCCUUCAACCCCUGGACCUGCAGCACAAGGUGUCAUGCUGCGAGUGAGACGUGCAGUAGACCAUCCGGAGCUGCCUUUUCAACUUCGUUACAUUGGAUAUCCAGAAAUCGGUGAUUAUCCAGCAAUACUUCGCAAUUGCUUGGAUGUUCCUGUCAGUAAUAAUGUGUGUGACUUUCUUCAAGAACUUGGAGCUAAGCUUGAUCAUGAGUUCGUUGCGAAAGGAUACAUUAUGAAGAAAGGAAGAAUAAAAGUAACAGUUUUCAAAAUGUAUAAGAUUGGCACUGGAAUGACAAAAGAUAACCUUGAACCGAUGACAAUGUCACACUUGGUAGAAUUAAGUGUACUUACCACCAAGACAGACAUGUCAGUUGCUGAUGAAUUGCGAGCCUUGGCUGACCAACUUAAGCCACUUGUACAACUAGAGAGAUUGGACUAUCGAAGACUUGGGCCACCAUAAAAGGCUUUCGGGCCACUGUAAUAAGUGAAGAUGACUACUUUAUAUAUGAACUGAACUGUAUGUAUUGGUAAGAAUUGUGUUACAGUUUAUGAACACCUAUUUUAUUUUUUUGUUAAGAAAAACACUGAGAUGUGUAGCCAAAUAAUAAAAUUAAAGGGGGAUAUGAACAUUGGAUUUAUUGUUAAUAAACUUUUGCAAAUUA